CUGAUCAGCUUCCUCUUUUGAACCAUCACUCUCCAAUCUGGUUGGAUUGCACAUAUCAUCAAGGAUUAUCAUCAUCAUAUCAGAUUAUCCUCAUCAAUCGCCCGCAAGGAUUUCUAAUCAUAUAAUACUAUAUAAUAAUCCACUGCCCUUCCGCCACUCUCUGACUGCUAAGAACGUGCACCCCAUUUUCAUCCACCUCCUCGCACUUCCUCCCCCCCUGCCACCGGCUCGCUCGUACUGUUUACCAUCUGACUGAACUCUCGCAUCCUCGAAACAUUUGUAUCACUCCCUCCAAAAACCUUUGAUCCGUCUAGCUCUAGACUAGAUGAGUGCCCAAACCCAGUCCCGUCCCCAUCCCAACGGAACCACCAAUGGUGAUGUUUCUCUACCUACGUUUGUUCAUCGAGUCGCUAGCAUUCCUGUGAUCGCCGACACCUGGACUGCCGUGUAUUCGACUCUUCAAGCCCAUCCUUACUCAGCAGCUGUUUAUGGCAAAGCAGAGGGUGCGGUGCUCUACAUGUAUGAGCAGAGCAAACCGCUCCAGGUCAAGUUGGCCGGCCCGAUCGAGCAAGUUGACGCCGUCGCCAACAAGGGUCUAGAUUUUGUCCAGGCAAAAGCUCCAAUUAUCUUCGAAGUCCGAACCGAGGACCUAAUCUCACGAGCCAGAGAGCCAGCGAACCAGGUCUUGGCGUAUGGUAAAACUUACCAGGAAGCUGCGACCGCUCGACUUGGCCCCAUGGUCGAGCAAUUUCACUCUCAACUCACCCGCUCUCAACAAACACUUGGACAGCUCCAGGAAAAACUUCAGGCGGGUCUCCAAAAUAUCCGAAAGGACCCCAAGGCGGUGCCCGAUCAACUCAAGCAUCUUUCCGAACAAGUGCUUGGUGAAUUAGAACGAUUGAGUAGCUUUGUGCUCGAAAAACGAAAAGAUUUGCCUCAAAACGCCCAGCAAGUGAUCAACCCAUUAGUAGAAAAGUUGCAAAAAGGAUACGGUGAUAUCAAGGAGGAGAUGACCAAGGCCGAUGUACCGCUCGUCCAACGCGCCACCAACGUCUUACACUACUCGAAAGAUCAAGCCUCUCCCGUGGUGCACGAAGCCGUGCAGGCAUUCAAGAAGAUUAUUGGAAACUGAUCCUUGUAAAAUCUCUCUCUCGACCUUGAAUCACUCGCCGGAAAUCUUGUUUUCUAAUGAUUACGGAAUGAUCCGCCUUUUUUUCCUCGGCUACUCAAUUACUACCUUUACCAGUUGUACUUUUUCAGAUUUCAUUUUUUUUGUAGCCCCCAAAACACGUGUUUCAAAUUAGAUUGUCAUUGCAGGUAUUCACGAUAUGGUUUGAUGUUAUCCUCAAUCAUCAGUGAGGUGUUUCUUCCUGAGUCCUGACUCUAGUCCGCAAAAUAUUUGGCCAAGCAGAUGCGGAUUUUGAUGGCCUAAAUCGAUAGAGAUGAAAUGUAUUGCCCGCCAGAUGAAUAUUGCAAGUAAGAAAGACUGUGUAGCUUCGUAGUAUGCAAGCAUAACAGCUGAGGAACUGUCCGUAAAUACACACCAUUUCUGCAAAACUUAAAAAUGAGAUCAUUCAGC